AUGGAAUCAGUCAGUAUGAGCGACACUGUGGCUAGUGGAGUUGAGGAUUUUCCUUCUAGUAUCCGUCGAUAUCCAUAUAAAGGAAAGAACGACCUUUCGACCAUUAUGAGCUAUGAGUCGUCCCUUGGUGACCAAAAUGACAUGUUUCUUAUUACAAACAUCAACAAACACAGAUUCGAAACCGAUUUCCUCGACACUGACAACAAGUUCAAAGAAUACUUCCAUUCCUCCCAACUGCUCGUCAUCAAAAUGGCUUCAUAUCCACACGAAAUAGCAGGCCGGACUUUUGCUGGUCACGUUGUAUCUGAGGUGGGCCUAAUGGGCACUCAAAACACGCUACGAAACCCAGGGGGAUGGUGCUUAGAUCUGCUUUCGAGCAACAAGUGCCCCGAUGAGUCCUUUCUUCCACGGCGUCUUCAAGGAAGAGGACACCCCACAGUCGUCAUCGAAACCGCUCGGUCGGAGUCUGCAUCAAAGCUCAAGAAUGAUGCUGCGCGCUGGCUGUUAUCCUCCAACAACGAGGUACAAGCUGUGAUCACUAUCCACCUGGAUCGCAAUGAAGCUAUCACCAUCAAGAGAUGGGGUAGGCAAAAUGGUCAAGCUGUUGUGCAAGAGGAGACCUGCAUCUUCAAGGAAUAUGGGUCAGCAAGAUCCGCUCGGCCAACCCCUCAAGUGACGCGUGCACCUUUCACUAUCCCUUACGCUGAUCUUUACUUACGACAAGCACAACCUAGCACGAAUGAGAGGGAUAUCCAGAUAUCCCAGGAACAACUGCUUGACGUGGCUGACGCUGCCUGGGCUGGCAUUUGA